AUGCGGGCCGUGAAGGAGCUGAAGAAGCACUGCCUGCUCAUGGAUGUGCCCUUGGUGCUGGUGCGUGACAUACUGCUCGGCUGGAGGCGCAGUUGCUUCGCGGUCCCGGGCAAACCCAUUGCCACCGUGGCCACAUUCGGCGCAUGGUUGGCCGAUGCCGGCGUGAGCAGAUUGAAAAAGGUGUUGCAGGCAUCCGGCCAUAAACUGGAUGAUGGUGGUUGCCUUGAUGGACCAACGAUGCCGAGCUGCAGGCUCACCGCCCGGCUGCGUAUCGACGGUUCUUGGGCGCUGGUGGAGAUCGUGAUGAUCGAUGUGAUAUUUCAAGCUGUGGUACAGAUUGCCGCUUGUGUCCAUUGGCUUUAG